AGUUGCGUUUAUAUUUUCCACUUUCUCAUCCUAAAUCUCACGUUCAAUUUGCUGCUACUGCCUUUCCUUCUUCUCCCUAUUCACGCAUCAACCAUCAAAAAAAAAAAAGAAAAAAAAAACUGCUGAACGCUGCUACUGCCGAGCACCACCACCACCACCACCACCUGUCCGCCUGCUGCCGCGCCACCGCAGCUUCACCCGCAGCAGCCCACGAUCACCAGAGGACUUUGUAGAAGGCGCUUUGUAGUUCCUAAAGUGGCCAACCAACUCGUUUACUCAAGGUUGUGGCCACUGUUAAUCAGCAACAAUGACUGACGUGUUAGAAUUUGAAGACGUAGUUGAAAAUUUCAUGGCUAAAGAUGAAUUCAAAGAAUGCUUGGACUACAUAGAGACAAAAAUUGACCCGCAUGUUGUCUUAACUAACACCUAUUUGUUUGAAAAUAAGUUGAACUGUCUUUAUGAAUUGAAUAGAAAGACGGAUGCUUUUAAGGAAGCCAAAGCUUAUCAUGCCAAAUACCUUCCUUUGACUGCUAUUGUUUGCAUUGCUUUGGGAAAUGGAUAUGAUGUUGAAGGCAAUUACACUGAAGCUUAUUUCUUCUUCAGCCAAUUUGAUUUUGAUGAUAAAGCUGCCACUUUAUCAAGAUUAGCAGAGAGGAUUGAACAUGAAGCAAGAAAAAAGUUUGAUGAAGAGAAAUACAAAGAGUGCUUGGAUUAUAUUAAGACAAUCUGUUUGGACAUCAGUGAAGACGUUUUCGAUUGUAAGAUCAGAUGUCUUAUUGAGUUAAAUAAAAAAAAGGAGGCACUUGCUGAAGCCAAGUCACGUCUUGAAUCUGGUGGUGUGUUGUCAUAUUCCAGUUUUGGGAUUUUGGGUUCCAUCUUAGCAAAGAUGGGGAAGUAUAAUGAAGCUCGUGAACACUUCGUGAAGGCUAUUAAGUCUUGUAGGAAAAAAACAGAAAAAUUAAGAUACCGUGACCUGUUAAAAUCUAUGGAGAAAGAAGAAGCAGAUAUAGAGAGGAGAAAGGAAGAUAAACGGGUAUCCAAGAUUGAUCCAACCUUUCUUAAGGGUGGAAACAAGAGAUCUCAAAAAAAAACUUCUAAGUCAACUAAUAAAAACAUCAAACAAAAGGAAGAAGUAUCUGAAAAGAAAAAUGAAGAAAGCCAGUUGCAAAAAGGUGACUCUUAUACAAAAGAAAUGGAAGUUGAGACAAUAAUUGCGGAAGAAAAAUCAGAUUUAAUUGGUGAAUCUAGCAAAGAAAAGGAAGUCGAAAAAAUAGACGAAAUUAGUGUAAAAAAUGAAAAGUUUUCAACCAUUGUCAGAUAUUCCGUUGUUGAGCAUCAUAGUGAUAUCAACAUUGUUGAUGUCAUCAAGGAAGAUUAUUUUAUGAAAACCCCAAUCUCUUUAGUAAAAGCAUCAGAGAAGCAUCUGGAAAAUCUGGAUUUGCUAAAAUCUUGGGGUUAUAAAAAUCCUUUCAUGGCAAUUGUUGAUGGCGCAGUUCCUUCAUAUUCGUUUUCCUCUUAUCCUGAUCCUAUGCUAGUGGUUGAGCGAAUUCAACCGUUGCAUGUAUUCUUCACCUCGAAAAGGGAAGAAUUUAUGAAGAUUCAUUCGUCUUCAACAUCCAAAGAGAGAGACUGGUGGACAUGUAUCAAAGAGAAUUUUCGACUAAUUUUUCGAGACAUCAUUUGUGGUCUGUUCUUCCUUCACUCUUCAAAUCAUGCAUGUUCUGGCUUUUAUGAUUCGUUGUACGUCAACAAGGAAGGAAGGGGAAAAAUACUUCACAACUUUGCCAAGAAAUUUACAUAUUCACAGGCGCAACAAGAUGUGAAAGAUCUUGUAAUGCUGAUUGAAUACGUUAUCACAGGCUCCACUUGUCAGCAAGUUGAUGGCAAAGAUUUGAAAUGUCAUUUUGAAACAAUCAAAGACAAUUACAAUCUUCCUGAAGAACUACAUCAUUUUCUUCUCUUGUUAAACACUCGCAAGGAGAACAUAUCUAUAUGCAAACUUCCAUCAACAUGGUUGAUAGAUCAUCCAUAUUUUUGGGAUGAUAAACAUGGAAUUAGAUUUCUUGAGGUUUUAAAAGACCUUAUCAGAGAAGACAUGAUUUCAGAGUCUGCUUUUGAUAACUGGAGUCAGUUUGAAACAUGGUUUUCACAGAUAGAAAAUGAUAUUGCAGAUAGAAUAUGCCUCAAGUAGUCAAAGACAGAUAUGCCCCCCACUUACUUUCAAUUUUUAAAAUUGUCAACCCAAUAUUCUAAGGUUUUUCUUGCUAAAUUAAGUGGUUUUUGUGUGA